GACGGAGCGGCGCGGGCAGCUCGGGGAAGAGGCUGGGGCCCGGCGGCGGGGAGGCGGCCGAGGCGCGGGGACGGCGCCGGGAGGCGGGAGCAGUCCCGCUGCAGCUGCGGCCGCGGAAGGAGGCGGUCUGGGCUCGGCUCCGCGGGCCCCCAGGCGCGGCCAGCGACGGAUCCCUACCUACGCAGGUCAGCAAAGGCUUCCUGAAGAUCCUCAAGAAAUAGAGUGCCCAGGGCCACUCUGACAGCUUGCCCUUUACUGCUGAUCCGCCCGCGGUGCGCAGGGUCCUGAGCUGGGGUUUAUGGACUCCUCCCUCGUCUUCCUUCCUCAUCCUUGCAAUAGCCCCUCAAGCCCCUUGCUGUAUCCAUCACCCCCACGUAACAGGUGAGUUAAUUUGUGUGCGUUGGUGGGGAAGAAGCAUUAGAAUGUGAGUUUCGCAGGUGGCUGGAGAUGAAAACUAAUGAUAAAACGAAAAGAAGUUUUCCAAAUUGACUUCGCGUCAACGAAUAAGCUGAGUACGCUCAACUAGAAGAGAAGCAGAGACAAAGUCAUCAUGGCUUCGGUGUCUACUCAUGGAAAUCAAGAUAAAGGCCCCCAUUUGCCACCACCAAGCAAGCAGAGUCUAUUAUUUUGUCCAAAAUCAAAACUGCACAUCCACAGAGGAGAGAUUUCAAAGAUUAUCCGAGAGUGUCAAGAAGAAAGCUUCUGGAAGAGAGCUCUGCCUUUUUCUCUUGUGAGCAUGCUCGCCACCCAAGGACUAGUCCACCACGGUUAUUUAGCAUCUAAUCCAAGAUUUGGAUCAUUGCCCAAAGUUGCACUUGCGGGUAUCUUGGGAUUUGCCCUUGGAAAGGCAUCAUACAUACGAGUGUGCCAGAGUAAAUUCCAUUCUGUCGAAGAUCAGCUCCGUGGGGCUGGUUUUGGUCCAGGGCAUAACAGGCACUGCCUGCUUACCUGUGAGGAGUGCAAAAUCAAGCACGGAUUACACGAGAAGGGAAGCUCUCAGCCUUCAGCUUCUUAAACUUGUCUCUAUGGCUUUGGAAGUUCCUUAAACCUCUCUCUGAAUUUGUACACAUUUAGAAUUUCAAGUGUACUUUAAAAUAACAUAUGUAUAGUGGAACAGAAACAUUGUGCUUCUCUCUUUUUGACAUGCUUUCUGGGGAAGAUUCUCAAUUGAAGCGAGCAGUAUAUGUUUGUCUGCGAUUUGAGAACUUGUCGGGGGCAUUCACACACCAAAAAAGAAAUUACAGUGCAUUCCUUAACUUGCUUACAGCUGAGUAAAAGUGCUUCAAGCCUUCGCUGA